AACUCUUGGGUUUUGGCGGCUGCGGGCUGCCCUUUCUAAAACAUUCAGCUCUUCUAACUCUAGGGUUUCUACUGCCGUCUCCUCCUCUCUCACCGAAUUUGCAUCUUUGACCAUGGCGACUGUUGCUUCAGCCUCGGAUCAAGUUUCAAAUUCAUUAGAAAAGUUGUCACUAGAUUCACAGACCAAGAACACCAAUGUGACAGGGGCAGUGAAGGAGCAGGGUUAUCAUUAUAUGCAAUAUGGAACUGAUCCUGCAUCAAAAUCACCCCUUUCUGCAAUGGGACAAGAUGGUCAGCCACAAAUGUUGCAAGAGUACCACUAUCCAGGUAGUUUUUACCAACUGCCUGCACAAACUAGUAAUCCUGAUCCUAAUGCUAUUGCUUCACAAGUGGAGGUUUCAACUUCAAGUGCAGAUCAAGGAUCUUUAUCUGUUGAAGCCAGUAAAAGAAACCCUGGCACUGUAGCAAAUGCUGGAGGUAUGAGUGGAAGUCAUGGGCCAAGGCAAUAUCAUCCAACUUUCCAAAAUCCAUCGCUAAAUCAAAAUGGUUCCUAUAGAAGGGGAAGUUUGCCAGCUCGUAAUCCUUCACCAACUUUCCAGGAUCCAAGAUUUAGCUAUGACGGAAAUCUGUUCACAAUGCCUUGGUUUGAUAACUCAAUAUCUUCUAGCGGGCAGUCAAAACAUGCAGUGAGUGCUGGGUUCUCUUCGUACAGCAGCAACAGUAUGGCUGGGAGGAAUCAGAACCUUCACCUCUAUCCUCAGUAUGUGAACUUGCAGAACGGAAGCACGUCUGGCUUGAGCCAAGCAUAUGGAUUCAUGAAUCACAUCUAUCCCAAUAACAUGACUUAUGGUAAUUUUGGAAAUACCGUUGGAGUCAAUUCUGGUUUGGAAUCUUAUGGGUAUGAUUCUUGGAAAAAGGGACUCUGGUGGUAUCCUGUUGGUAACAAUAGUAAACCAAAGGGCCGAGGUUAUGGCAAAGAGAAUAUUGAUGGCCUAAAUGAGAUGAACAGAGGGCCCAGAGUUACAGGUUAUAAGAAUCAGACUGGUUUUGAACCUGUAACAGCAGCUGUAAAAGGGCAUAAUGGCCCUUUGAGUGAGAACAAUAAGGAGAAUAACUUGUCUCCUAUUCCAGAUAUGGAGCAGUACAAUAAAGAGGAUUUUCCUGAGAGUUAUUUGGAUGUGAAGUUUUUUGUCAUUAAAUCCUAUAGCGAGGAUGAUGUCCAUAAAAGCAUCAAAUAUGGUGUCUGGGCUAGUACAUCUAAUGGCAAUAAGAAACUGGAUGCAGCAUAUCAUGAGGCCAAGGAGAAGCCUGAUGGUUGUCCCGUUUUUCUUUUAUUUUCGGUUAAUAGCAGUGGACAAUUUGUUGGUUUAGCAGAGAUGGUGGGACCAGUUGAUUUUGACAAAACCUUAGAGUAUUGGCAACAAGAUAAGUGGCUUGGUUGCUUCCCUGUGAAAUGGCAUAUCAUUAAGGAUGUGCCAAAUAGUUUAUUGAGGCAUAUAACACUAGAGAACAAUGAGAACAAGCCUGUCACAAAUAGUAGGGACACUCAGGAGGUUAAUUUUGAGCAGGGAAUUCAAAUUCUCAAGAUUUUUAAGGGUCAUUCAAGUAAAACAUGUAUCCUUGAUGAUUUUGAGUUCUAUGAGUCUCGCCAGAAGAUAAUGCGAGAUAAGAAGGCUAAGCAUCAACUAUCACAAAAACAGGUUUUGGGGCAGCCUAGCAAUGUAGUAACGGGUAACAGUGACAAAGCAGCAAUAGAUAAGGAUGUUUUGAAAAGAUCUCUUGACGCAGCUUUGAUAGAAGAGUCUACUGUUGCAACAACGGCAGAGAAAGUUAAGGAGAAUGGAGAGGUGAAACCUUUAGAAGAAAAUGGAUCAGUUGCUGAUGUUCCUGAUGUUGAAGGCACCCCAGCUAAACCAGUCCGUGUUGCAAGUGCUUGCUAAUUUACAUCUUCAAAUUGAGAACAGGAAUUUUACCCUAUGUUGGUCAACCUUUAACUAAAGGUUUUUUAGAUUUCUUUAUAGCAGCAUGGAGAGGCAAAAUGACUGCACAGAAGCUCUUUUUUUUUUCUUUUCCUGUCAUUUUCAUCUUGUUUCGUUGUUUUAAUAUUUUUGUUCCUCAAUGAUUCCUCUGCUUUCCUCCAUUUCUCGAUUAGGGUUUAGUUCUGCUCCGAAGAAGG